GACCAAUGUACGUGACGACGUCCCCAAUGCAGCCCGCCAGCAUACACCAGAGGAGGCGGCGUGGCAGGAGGAGGACACGGCACAAGCCAGAGGAUGAGAAGGACGGGACAGAGGAGGAGGGGCAGGAGGAGAACGCAGCAGAGGAGGAGUGGAGUGUGGGGGCAGGGCGGAGAAGAGGUGGAGAGAGCGGGGGGCAGGAGGAGGAGGAGAAGGAGCUGGCAGGGGAAGGAUGAAGAGGAGGAUGGGCACGGGCAUCUGCCUGUAACUAUUAAUAAGUGAAACGGGAAACGAAGAUUGCAUGGAAAUAGCAGAGAGGUUCCAUCAAAUCACUGAUGGUUAUGGGUAGCUGUGUCCCUUUGGUACAACGGGAUGGAAAAGGGGCGUAGGACUACUGCACAGCAUCCGUCUUAUUCUUGCAGGGCAAUGAUGGGAACGACACGCAUCUGUACACCCUGAUGUGUUUGGGGCAUACGAGUCAUGUGAAGGACCCUCUAAAUUCUCGCCCGAUGGAGAAUGAGGCGGGACUACUGCACAUGGUUCGUCUUAUUCUUGCAGGGCAAUGAUAGGACGGAGACACCUGUACACGCUGAUGUGUUCGGGGCAUACAACUCGUGUGAAGGACCCUCUAAAUUCUCGUCGGAUGGAGAAUGAGGCUGGACUGCUGCACAGCAUCCGUCUUAUUCUUGCAGGGCAAUGAUAGGACCGACACACAUCUGUACACGCUGAUGUGUUCGGGGCAUACAACUCAUGUGAAGAACCCCUCUAAAUUCUCCUCGGGUGGAGAAUGAGGCGCUCGCCACAAAUGGUCCUGAACAAGUUGUUAACUUUCUCUCAAGUCCCCCUGAAUAUGGAGUCCUUUGUCUGAGGUGUGCGCAUGUUGCUACAUAUGACAAUCCGGUCGUCCUGCGAUACAUUCGAAGAAUGAAGGUGUCGGUUCUCCUCAGGGGGCAGCAUGGGUCCCGUUUCCAGCGAGUUGCAAUUCAAGGGUCUUUUUUGACCGGGUUGGUUGUCAUGGACCUGCAUAUAAUACAGGUGUUGCUCCUCUUGCACUGUCGUGUCGUCCGUGAAAACUUAACGUUUUGCAUUUUUGGGGAGUGACUGGUUUUGUAUGUGGGCCUCCAAUUUUGCCAGAAUUGUGGGCAGGUGUUAGUUUGGGGUUCGUUUUCGAGAGGUGUGAAAGUGUCACGUGUGAGGGAUUUUUACGCAGCAAAAGAAUCCAUGAACUCCAUGUCUCCCUCGUUCGUUGUGGUUGCGUUGUGGGCCUGGUCCAUUUGGGCCCAUCUGUGAGAGGAGGGGCCAAGCUGUCAAAGGUCAAAGGUUAGGCCUUGUGGUAGCUCUGAGGCCUUGUGGUAGCUUAUUCUCUGGAUUGGCUGAAGCGGUUGUGGGACAAUGUUACUUCAUGCCAAGUUCAUGGUUAAUUUUUAAGAGAGAGCUCCGGUACCUUCGGGCUCCAUGCUUGGAAUUGAGCUCGCAGCAGUGAGAUAGGCUCGGCCAUUUUUAAGGGAAAGGACCAGAGUGUCACAUCGGUCAAUCACUGUCAUGAUACGCCAAGCGCAACAUAGCACAGACAAGGUGUUGAGGGUUUUUUACGCAGCAAAAGAAUCCAUGAACUCCAUGUCUCGCCGGUUCGUUGUGGUUGCUUUGUGGGGCCCGGUCAAUUUGGGCCCAUCUGUGCGAGGAGGGGCCAAGCUGUCAAAGGUCAAAGGUUAGGCCUUGUGGUAGCUGUGAGGCCUCGUGGUAGCUUAUUCUUUGGAUUGGCUGAAGGGGUUAUGGGACAAUGUUACUUCAUGCCGAGUUCAGGGUUAAUUUUUAAGAAAGAGCUCCAUUUGGGCACCAUGCUUGGAAUUGAACUCGCAGCAGUGGGAUAGGCUCGGCCAUUUUUAAGGGAAAGGACUAGAAUGGCACAUCGUCAAUCACUGUGAUGAUACGCCAACCGCAACAUAGCACAGGCAAGGUGUUGUCUCGUGGACAGGGUAUGGCUAGUUUAAUGAGAAUUCGGCCGCAGGGCAGGGCUAGUUUGGACCUUUUUUUAGCAGAAGGGCUGCCAUCAUGGGUAUCGUUCGCCAAGAUGAUGCGCCAGAAGAAUGUAGCACGGGCAAGGUGUGGCAUUGUUGAUAUACCCACCAGUCCAUAUGACAUGCCCCGAGUAGCAUAAAUAUUAAAUUUUGAGCAAAUUGCAUUAUUUGUUAUCCGGUGCUCGAGAUGU